UGUGUGCUCACCACAGGUAUAUAAGUAGGGGACUGAUGGACCAGGUUGUGGUCUGAGCGGCCCAGUGGGUGGAGGGGUGAUGAGCUGUAUGCAUCCUUGAUGUUUGCAUACAGCAAGUCCAGUGUUUUGCAGUCCUUGGUGUGGCAGUCCACAUACUGUGUAAAAGUGGGGAGGGUAGAGGACAGGGAAGCAUGAUUGAAGUUGCCAGAGAUGAGGAUGAGGGACUGGGGUUACAAUGUUUGGAGCUGAGACAUAACAGUGUUUAGGAGCUCACAGGCUGCUGCAGCAUCAUCUGACGGUGGGAUGUACACCGUUAUCGUGAUGACUUGCAAGAACUUCCUCGGGAGGUUGUAUGGCCGGAUGCUAAGCGCUAGCAGCUCUAUGACCUUGGUGCAGCGCUGCUCUUUAACACUGAUGUGCCCCGGGUGACACCAUUUCUCGUUCGCAUACAUCGCUAUCCCUAUCCUUUGCUCUCCUGUCCGCUCUGAACAGCUGAAAUCAGUUAAGAGUUAUGUGCAAGUCUGGAGUGAGUUCGUUCAGUCAGGUACGGUGGCCGAGACGCGCCAUAUGCAAAUAAAAGUAACACUGUAAACAAAAAUAGAUGCCAUUGCAAAUAAAAAGAAAAGCUUCUGCAAAUAAAAGAAAAACGUUGCAAAUAAAAGAAAAACGUUGCAAAUAAAAGAAACAUCGCAGCAAAUAAAAAAAAUAAGCAAUGCAAAUAAAAAAAGCCACAACGGAAGUGGAUUACCAGGGACUGUUUUUGCCGAUGCACCGGUGUUUUGUGAGAGGAGGAGAAGAAGACGAAGAAGAAGACGAAAAAAUAGAGAACGGAGAAACAAGAACAGGAAUACAAACUGGAAAACGAACAAGAAAGUAAGUGAAAAUGUUAGUGUUUAAUGUCGCUACGUGUACUUUUUAAUGUGUUAUUUGGUGAGGUCAUGUAGCCCCAGGUUUGAAGUUGAACUGGACGAUGCCGGUGUAUUGUUAGCUUCGGCUAACACGGAGAAACCCAAUGUGUGGUGCGGAAAGACCUCGAACGAGAGGAGAAUCAAGUUCGGUAACUUUACUAGAAUAUGCAGAAAAACACAGUUACAUGUCCACCGCACGCUGUCACUCCAGAGCAGUGUCUACCCCAGACAAACACAACUAACAACAGGUACUGAGAGCCCGGAAUGAAAACACAUCUGAGUGGAAACAACUGAGUUCCGGCAGCUUAAUGCGGUCGUUGUUGUUGUUUUUAAUCAUUAAUCAUCAAGCUAACAAUAAUCUAAGGCGUGGGUAACAAUAGUUAUUUUUAUGAAUGUGAGGUUGAAGCUGUGUGGGGUGGCCAGGGACUUUUGAGAAAGUACCAUAAUGUCAGAUUGAAUCCUAAACUUAACUGUCUUUGCUAUGUCAUUUACCAGGUCAUGUUUUGUCCAUUCUGUGGGGUGAACCUUCCAUCUGUCCUGGUAUAUUGUGGCUCAUGCUGUAGAAAUGUCAGGUUCCUAAGGAGUCUUCAAAAUGAAGGUCCUGGAGCUACUUCAGUGGAUGAACUUAUCCAAAAAUAUUUCACAGAGGGCCAUAGUUAUGAAAUAAUAGUUGACCUACUGAAAACCAAACACAACAUAUCAGUCAGUCUUCGCAAUCUAGAAAGAAGACUAAAAGAUGCAGGCCUGACCAGAAGGAUCAGUUACACUCCAAUUGCUACUGUGCAGGCAGCUAUUUCUGAGGAGCUAAAGGGAUCAGGCCAGCUUUUAGGGUAUAGAGCAAUGUGGCAGAUUCUGAAACAGAAACACUCUCUUGUCGUCAGACAAGACGAUGUGAUGCGCCUAAUGGCAGAGCUGGAUCCAUGUGGAACAGAGAACCGCUGCAAACGUAGAUUUGUUCGAAGGGCAUAUCAUUCAAUGGGACCAAACGAAACCUGGCACGUCGAUGGGUAUGAUAAAUUAAAACUUUUUGGAAUUGCCAUAAGUGGCUGCAUUGAUGGCUUCUCCAGAAAAAUUAUGUGGUUGAAUUGUGGAAAGACCAACAACGACCCUUCAGUAAUUGCUCAAAACUACAUCAACUGUGUAGCUGAGCAUGGAGUUUUUCCAAAGCGGCUCCGCACAGAUUGCGGCACUGAAAAUGGAAUAAUGGCCGCCCUUCACUGUACCUUGAGAUCAGAGCAUACAGACGAGUUUGCAGGAGCUAAAAGCCACAUGUAUGGCACUUCAACAUCCGACCAGAGGAUUGAAAGCUGGUGGUCCUACUUCCGGAAACAAAGGAGCCAAUUUUGGAUGGAUCUGUUCAGUGACUUGAGGGAGAGGCAUCUCUUCAAUGGCAGCCCUGCACACACAAAGUUGGUAUGAUACUGCUUCCUGGGAGUCCUGCAGAAAGAGCUGGAUGAAUACAAGCUGUACUGGAAUACUCACACCAUUCGUCCUGUUCACCAAUCCCGGUGCCCAUCUGGUAAACCAGAGGCAGUGUAUCACGUACCUGAAAGAUUUGAUGGGAGCAAUUGUGGUUUCCCAGCAUCUGCCCAAACCCUGAACCACAUUACCAGCAUCAUGCCAGUGCCAGCAACUCCUGGUGAGGAUGAGCAUGAAACUCUCUUUGGAGAACUACAACGACAGAGUGGUCUAACAGCUCCUUUGCAGUGGGAAUCAGCUGUAGAGAACUACAUCACCCUGAAAAACAUGGCUGGUCUGUCAAACUUUAAGGGACAUAUUUGUGUUGUGACAACACUGAAACAAACUUUUUUAUGUGUAGUAUUUGCUGCAUGUUAUUUCCCUCUCUCUCCUGUCAUUUCCUGUCUCAAAUAAAGUUGUCUAUGCCUGACAAAAAAUCUUUGAAAAAAAGAACAGUCUGUAGUUUGGUAUUUUUUAUUAUAGAAACAAGCUGAAGCUGCAAGCCCAUUCCUGUUAUCAAUUAAUAAUACAAUAAAAAUGUGUGGUGUUGACAACAGACCACGUAUUUGCAAUACAAAACAAAAUAUUUAAAAAAAAAAAUGUUGCUGUGCAACUUAUGUUUGAAUGUGCAACAGAAUGUGUAACAUAACAAAUGUGCUAUGAAAUAUAUAACAAAUAUCACAAAUCUGCCAUGAAAAUAGACAGAAACUCUCACAAACAUCUCUCUUCCUCACUACAUUAAAACUACACUAGUGAGUGAGACUGUGUGUGGCAACAUUAACUUUUACCACAAGUUAAUUGUCUAAAAGCACCCAAAGCCGGGGAAAUUCUUGAUGCCAAAGUCCAUGUUGGCUUUGAAGGCACUAUAAGUGUCCAAAAGAGGAAGCUUUAAAAUGUUGGCACAGGUAUUCGCCAUUGGGAAUGUUGACGUUGUAGAACACAGGAAUUGAAGGCGUGGCA